GGCAAAGGCGAGGCGCCAGCGCAGCCGCUCCUGCAAGCGGGGCCGGCAGCGGGCUCGGGACUCCGGUCACAACGUCCCAGCAGUCUGGGGAAGGACUUUCCCAGUAUCACAAAGGCAGCUUGAGGCAUUUCAUUUUUGGAUCAAAGAGAAGACAAGGAGAAAGUGAGACGCCAAUGAAGGAUGGCAUUGAGAGUGUCAUUUCACCUCCCCGGAUCUCAGUUUCCUAAUCUGAAAAUAAAAGGUUUUAAACCCAUGGACCUCUGGGUGCCCUCCCAGUUCCAAGAGUGUGGAUUUGCUGAGGUUUUUCAUUAAAGUAGCGGUAACUGGCCCUGCGCAUGUGCCCUCACUCUGGAUCGAGGCCAGAAACUUCACUUUCACUUUCCAGGGGAAGCUCCAAAACCAAAAGAAAGUGACAGCAGGCCCAACCCCAAACCAGAGGAUUGACUAUCAGUUCUUUCUCUUUCUAAAGGUUUUGGAACCUUAUUUAUUCCCUAUUUAAAUUAGCACAGAGAGGCUGUGCUUUCUGAGGGAUGUAGUCACUGCCGGGUGGAGACAGGUGAUGCUAAGGGAAGCAUCUUGGACGACCUGGCCAAGUGCAAAAGCAGGUUUCUGAGAUCCUGCGAAGUUGAAGUUUGGAAACCCUGCUCUACACCUAUCUUCCAAGAGCACAAACACCCUGCCCCCUGCUGCAGCCCACUCGAGCACUGCCCUGAGAUUAAACCCAAAGGAGUGCACAGGCCAUUCUUGUGGCAGGACCGUUCCGUUGCUGUGUCAGGAGCGCCAGCCGUGGGACACUUCACACUGCUCAGUGACACAGGCGCAGGCUGCAAGGGGCGCUGAGGGGCUCGGCGUAAGCACAGGGAAUCCGAGGCGUCCUAGAGGCCAUGCUCUUCUGUGCUGCCCCAGCCAUGCAGCCCUGGUGAGGGAGAAGAGGCCUGUGGAACGCCCUUGUCCGAGUCGCAGGGCAUGUCGCUGGGGCACACAACUACUCAGAAACAAGCCCAGCCGGGAUGACCCUGGGUCCGAGAGCUCCAGGAACAGGCUUUGCCUCAGAGGAGGCCGGGGAGAGCCACAGUGGAAACUGCAUUUACCUGCUUGGAAGAUUAAAUCCAGACCUCGCUCCUCAGUCCUUUCCAGGCCACCCACACAGGAACACUUUUUAGCUUGGGGCUAAAGCUGACAUUUUCAGCAAUUUCAGCUACUGCGUUGGCCUCAGACCCAAGACCUAGAUCCAUCCAAAACUUGGCCCAAUUCUACAUUGAGACUUUCAUGUUGGAGAGCCUGAUACCAACAGUAGCCCUUCCCUGCAUGCCUUAGCAAACAGAAACAAACAUCAUUGCACCCCAGAACUGGAGAAUCAUGCUUGGAGUGAUGAACCUACCUCUGGUGGUUUUCAUGAAGUUUUUGGACAGAGAAGAAUUGGCAGAACACAGGGUGUUUUCUUGUUUGGGCCCGUGGUCCAUUAUGUGCACUUGAACACAAAGUUCCCUUGGUCUCAUUGUUUAGUCUUGUGAAACAUGGAUAAUGGGGCUAUUCCUUUCUUCUUCUGUUCGUUUUUAAGGAAAGGUUUUACUCUCUCUUUUUUUUGAUGUAUGUAUGCAUGCUUCAGAAAAUGAGGUUAUUAAAAUAGCAAAACAAACUCAAACAGCAGAGGACAACUAUAGUAGAAGGUGCAUGGGAUACCCAAAAGAGCAUAUUAAUAACCAAGCAGUAUUUAUUAGCCAAUGUAUCCUCCCAAAACCCUUUCAUUUUUUUAUUUUUAAAUUUCAGAAUAUUAUGGGGUACAAACACUUUGGUUACAUAUAUUCCUUUUACACCACCCAAGCCAGAACUAUAAGGGUGCCCAUCCCCCAGACAGUGCACCCCUUUCUUCUUAAUGAGAUCAAUGAGUCAAAUGUUUGCAAGAUGUCUUGAGAAGUUUGCUGGAAAUUUUAAAACAAAUUCUUUCAAAACCAUUUCCUCAAAAACUCAGUUUAUUUAAUUCUUUAGUUCUAAAAUUAAAUGCAACUCUAAAAUGACAUUUGAAAAGAGCAAGAUUACAAUUCCAUUGUCCGCUAUAAACACUGUCGUAAACACUGGAAGCAACCUUGGCUAGCUGAACCCGUGAAAAUUAUGUCUUAAUCUGACUGUGUCUUUCCAUUUCUCUGACUUCACAUUACCAGAAAUGUGCAGCUCAUUUCAUGUGACAUUUAUUCAAGGUUAUGAUAACAACCUGUCUCCCCAGUGAUGCGUAUGUUCCCGCCCUUCAGCCCAAGGUCCCUCAGCUUUUCUCUCAAAGUGCUUUUGUUCUCAGUCAUUUUGGCCAGAAAGUUCCUGGUUCAGAGCUGAAGGUGACUGAGCAAUUUCACCGCCUAUCUCCAGCAAGUGCAACAAACAAGAGAAGACCAACGAUCAAUCACGUUUUCCAUGAAGUCAAGUCCAAGUAACAUCCUGUCUUAAGCACAAGCUAGGGAAAUGAAGCACAUUACCAAUCCAUAUGAAAACACCAACUAUACAGCAAGCAAUAACUCAGACUGCCCUCCCGUAGUUUUGCCAGAAGAGAUAUUUUUCACAAUAUCCGUUGUUGGAGUUUUGGAGAACCUGAUUGUCCUUCUGGCUGUGUUCAAGAAUAAGAACCUCCAGGCACCCAUGUACUUUUUCAUUUGUAGUUUGGCCAUUUCUGACAUGUUGGGCAGUCUGUAUAAGAUCUUGGAAAAUAUCCUGAUUAUAUUCAGAAACAUGGGUUAUCUGAAGCCUCGUGGCAAUUUUGAAACCACAGCCGAUGACAUCAUCGACUCCCUGUUCGUCCUUUCUCUGCUUGGCUCCAUUUUCAGCCUGUCUGUGAUCGCUGCUGACCGCUACAUCACCAUCUUCCACGCUCUGCAGUACCACAGCAUCGUGACCAUGCGCCGUACCGUCAUUGUCCUGACCGUCAUCUGGACCUUCUGCACAGGGAGCGGCAUCGCCAUGGUGAUAUUCUCCCAUCACGUCCCCACAGUGAUCACCUUCACAUCGCUGUUCCCCCUGAUGCUGGUCUUCAUCCUGUGCCUCUACGUGCACAUGUUCCUGCUGGCCCGAUCCCAUGCCAGGAAGAUCUCGACCCUCCCCAGAGCCAACAUGAAAGGGGCCAUCACACUGACCAUCUUGCUUGGGGUCUUCAUCUUCUGUUGGGCCCCCUUUGUCCUUCAUGUCCUCUUAAUGACAUUCUGCCCAAAUAACCCUUACUGCGCUUGCUACAUGUCUCUCUUCCAGGUGAAUGGCAUGUUGAUCAUGUGCAAUGCAGUCAUCGACCCCUUUAUAUAUGCCUUCCGGAGCCCAGAGCUCAGGCAUGCAUUCAAGAAGAUGAUCUUCUGCAACAGGUGCUGGUAGAAUUAUUGAUCCCUAAUUUUAGAAUGCAUGGGAAUAAUAUUGCCAAGGGAAAGAAUAAUGGAACAUUCUAAUAAAUACUAAUGUUCCUGCCUGUCCUUUCCUUCCCUAAUGGACAUGAGGGUUAUCCCACUAGCUAGUAUAUAUAACAGUUUGGUUUUAUGGGAACAGUUUUGUUGUAGGAGCAACAUUCACAACUUUAUAACUAGAAAGAUAAAAUGAUGCCCUAAAGGAAGGAUAGAAUACAAGGCACACACAGCAAUUCAAGUGCAAGGGCUCUGGGCUAAGGCAAAGACUUGUUCUACACAUACCCAGUGAGCCAUCCCAGGUGGCCUCUCCAGGAUAGAGGCCACUGCAACCAAUUUCUAGAAGCUAGGUGCCAGGGCAAGCGACUCAGGCAGACACCAUGGGGCUCUGUAAGCCAAUAAUAAAUUGGUGCAAAUAAAUUGCUGCAGGCAAAUGUGCCUGUCUCCCACAGCCAUGCAGCGCCCCCACCUCUCCCCUCCCAGCCUGCCUGCCUGGCAUGGCGCUAGCCACCUCCCGUGUCUGUGGGCGCAGGCCGAGCAUAAAUUACAAAUGUCCGGUAACCAGCACUGAGUUUCAGAUAACAGAUGACCCUUCUCUGUUAGUCUGUUUGCUCACUCAGCAUCCCACUAGCCUUAAGCCCUUUCCUGCUGAAUCUCCUCAUGCUCUAGGAGCAUAAAUUUCAAAGGAGGAAAUAAAAAUUUAAUCCAUGUUGCUCCUGCGUGGGCAUGCGCACAGCCAGAAGAAAACUGACUCUGCAGAAGGUAUAGCCAAACGUUGUGUGUUUUCUCAAAUGUAGAAAUGAAGAAAGAUCGGCCCUAAUACAUAUUUUGUGGAAUAAGUAGAGCAUGAGAGAGAGAGAGACAGAGAGAGAGAGAGAGAGAGAGAGAGAGUGUUCCAUGCUCUUUUGGACUAUGGGGAAAACCACGACCAAGCACGCCAAGCAGCCGUGCUGUUGUUACAUCAGAGAUCACACCAAAGACUUGAUGGAAAAAAGUUCUACCUCCUUCCACAGACCAGUCUGAAAGGCAGAUCCAGUCACGGGAAAACUUCCUCCUACCAUCAGCCAUAGACAGGGAGCCAGAUAAUGGCACCCCCCAGUAGGAAUAAAAGAAGCAAAAUGUGUGAGCCCAUCCAUUUUUAACAACUAAAGCUUAAAGGAGAAGCAAGUUCUGAUGGUAAGUCCUUGCUGGACUGAGCAUGAGGGGUGCGUGACGCAGGGCGGGCUUCAGACGCACGACGCCCCAGCAGGCUCGGGAUCCACGGGAGGGACCGUGUCCUCUGGGAGAGGUGACCUUUGCCCUCGGGAGAGUUUCCCACGUGCUGCUGAGAGGAGAACACAGGACGGUCUGGUGAUGGUUAGUGUUAGAAGUGGGAGGGACAGGAGCUCGUCAGAAGCAAAGGAGAAGCCUGGCAUUAAGGGAGCACAGUCCCAGUUGUGGCCAUGGCCCGUGUCACAGCAUGUCUUCUUGUCCUCUUCUGGAGAACCCCUCCUGUCUGGCCCCUUCUCCACCAAGUGGACUAUAUUACUCUAACAGUAACCUGGAUUCAUCAAUAUAUAAAAUACUGUAUGUGAGUUUAUUUUCCAUGAAAUCUAAAGCAAAGCCCCAUAAAUAAUUUUUAAAGUGUUAUUUCUACCAUUAAAAAAAUAAUAUAUAGCACAUUUUUUCUGAUUAAACUGAGUAUUCUCAAUAAAAUGUAACCUUUCUUUAAAGUCAUACUGCUGUAUGACACUACGGAAGUUGCCGUUCGACCUCCAUCGUAAAUGGCCCCAAACUGCUCUGCGUGUAGAAUUCUGCCUUGGCAGCAGCUGUGCCAUCUCCUCGUCACUCACGAGCACUCUGCGGUCAUCACAUCGCAUCUGUUGUCAGAGGAAAAUCACCUAGAAAUUCCUCCACCUCUCACUGCCUUCAAUUCAUUGCAUUUAAUGUAAGAAACAAAUUAAGAAGGCUAGUCUAAUAGUGCAUAAAACAAAAAUAAAGGAUUUUUAAAUUUCCUCUCAAUCCUGACUGCUAAUUCAGAGAUAUUUUCAAUUCUAGGUCCUCAGCUAUAUUCAGAUCACAGCAGGACCUUUAGUGCUCAUAGUUGCUGGAAAAAUUAUUAUUUUCUACCUCUAACUUCACCUAUAGUUCAAAAUGAAAGUAUCAAACU